AUGGGAUCUACAGAAGAUGCACUGGUUAUUUCAUGUGAAAAUAUCCACAAAACAUAUCUCCUUGGUUCCGAAGGUGUUCCUGCUCUCCGUGGAGUUGCAGUUGGUGUAAAACGUGGUGAAUUUGUUCUUCUCUAUGGCACAAGUGGGGGCGGAAAAAGUACAUUACUGAAUGUACUUGGAACCAUCGAUCUGCCCACGAAAGGCAAUCUAUAUCUUUUUGGUCAGAGAAUUACCGAACAAACUCCAGACAGCGUUCUUGCUCGUCUUCGAUGUCUUCGAAUGGGGUUUGUUUUUCAAUCUUUUAAUCUUUUGCCCUCUAUGAGUGCGCUGGAAAACGUUGCUCUUUCAAUGACGAUUGCAGGGACGCGAUCAGCUGCUGAAAUAAGGGAAAGAGCAAGAGAUCUUCUAAUUUCCGUUGGCCUUGGUGAUCGUUUGCAUCAUUUUCCCUCCAUGUUGUCAGGAGGUGAACAACAACGUGUGACUAUAGCACGAGCACUGGCAAAUGAUCCUGAGGUACUUCUGCUGGACGAGCCAACUGGAGAUCUUGAUAGCAGAAACACGACUCUGGUGAUGGAUAUUCUGAUGAAGCUUAACCGCGAUAAUGGUCUCACAAUGGUUAUGGUGACUCAUGAUGUUUACAUGAAACCAUACGCUCACAGAGUUUUGUAUUUACGAGAUGGAAAAUUGCAAAAUGUGGAGACCGUUGAACCUCGAGUUCGAGAAAUGGCUUUACGGAAAUUAGAAAAGGACGCUGAAAAAGCAAGGCGAGGGAAAACUGAUGAUAAGGGUCUUACCGUUGUAUCGGUAGUGCGCAAUCCAAUGGACUACGUCACCGCUGACGCCCAGGCCCAAAUUUCAUUUGAGGAUGACCCGGGGAUGCAACAGGUGGUGAGUGUCCUUUUUUCCGUUUAG